CUGGUGGUGUACUAAAAACCAAACUCCGUUGGCACAUGUAAUACAUAGAGUGAGCAGUUGGCAUGAACCCCGCUGUGCCAUUGCUGACAUUCUAUUUGUACUCUAGGGACCAGGGGCAAUUUUGGAAGAGCCGUGACCAUUCUUAGUUUUUUGACUAGGCAGGCACCAUGCUGACCAGCAUUACAGACGGGAUCCUGUGCUGUCUGACUGGGAAGGCUGCCAGCCUAGUGAUGCCUGUCGAGUCCUCCGAGCCAGCUGACACCUUUGAGUUUGUGGAGGUGAAGCCCGGGAGAGUCCUAAGGGUUCGCCACAUCAUCCCUGAGCGCCAGUCAUCGGUGGUAACGGAGGAGGACCAGGUAAAGGAGCCAGAGCAGGAGAAGGGCAGUGGAAGCAACAACAGCAGCAGUGUGCACUGCAAGCGCAAGAUCACUGUCUACCGCAACGGCCAGCUAGUCAUUGAGAACCUGGGUGACGUGCUGCACUCGCAGAUCCUCCAGUGCCAGGAUGGAGACCUAGAGCCCUGUAGCACCGUGGAGGUGGAACUGGCCGACUAUAAGGAAGUGCCCACCUCCCCCGAACCCAAACCCACGCCUCCCCUACCCACGGUCGGGGAUCAGAAACCCGCGGCGCCUCCUCGCCGGCGCCAUCGCAAGCCUAAGCGCACAUUGAUGAUUGACUCGGAGAGGGAGAUCUCCAGCUGCAAGGGGACGCACUCGGAUGUGGCGCUCUUUUUCGUACAUGGGGUAGGCGGCUCGCUGGACAUCUGGGGCAGCCAGCUGGACUUCUUCUCGCGGCUGGGGUAUGAGGUCAUCGCCCCUGACCUGGCGGGCCACGGAGCCAGCACAGCACCCCACAUCACGGCGGCCUACACCUUCUUUGCCCUGGCAGAGGACAUGCGUGCCAUCUUCAAGAAAUACGCCCGUAAACGCAACAUCCUAGUCGGGCACUCCUAUGGGGUAUCGUUCUGUACCUUCCUGGCACAUGAGUAUCCAGAUCAGGUUCACAAGGUGGUGAUGAUCAAUGGAGGGGGGCCCACAGCUCUGGAGCCCAGCCUCUGUUCCAUCUUCCAGCUGCCUUCCUGUGUGCUGCACUGCCUCUCCCCCUGUCUGGCCUGGAGCUUUCUCAAGGCUGGGUUUGCCCAUCAGGGAGCCAAAGAGAAGCAGCUGCUGAAGCAGGGCAAUGCCUUCAAUGUGAAUCCAUUUGUGCUGCGAGCCAUGAUGAGCGGGCAGUAUUGGCCUGAGGGGGAUGAGGUGUACCAUGCUGAGCUUACUGUGCCCAUCCUGUUGGUGCACGGCAUGUACGACAAGUUUGUGCCUAUGGAUGAGGACCAACGCAUGGCAGAGAUCCUUCUGUUUGCAUUCCUGAAAGUCAUUGAGGAGGGCAGUCACAUGGUGAUGAUGGAGUGCCCUGACACAGUCAACACCCUCCUGCACGAGUUUUUCCUAUGGGAGCCCGACAUGUCCAAAAAGGACACAGUUAAGACUGAUCCUGACAAGACUGUUACGGUCAAUGGCGUUGUCGUCCAGACACCAAAACCAAACAAGCCCAUGGACAAAUAACCAGUAAGGAGUUUCAUUUUACAUGAGCAAACCCAAUCCGAGGGCCUGUCUUUGGCAGGUGGCAUGUGGUGUUAGGGCUGCUCACAGGCUGAGAGCUGUUAUUAACCGGGCCAGAGUUGGUUGUUGAAGAGGAGGGGAUGCAACUGGUGCGCCAAGCUAGAGUGGCAUUUGAAUGGGACUUAGCACUGUCGAAAGAAGACAGGAAAUUAUGGAAAGAAGAGAGGCGGAAUCUAAUACAACGACAGAGAUGGGUGUUUCUGUUUCCCCUUUGACAGCUGUCUGUGCUGUUUGUAAUGUGGUGUUUGUAAUCAGAUAGACCUUGGGUCCAGAGGAUGUUUUUAAAACACAAUAUCCAUUCGUAAUGCUCUGAAGUACCAAACUUGGGUUGGUGAGUGGGCCAUUGUCAACCAAAGUGAGGAGGGCAUGACUAUUAAAUGGUCUGUGGAUUGCCUUACUAUCUAUCGUCCAUUAUCUUGUGAAUAAUAUAUCACUGCUGAUUGGUGUCCUCCUGUCAUCAGUUUAAAGUUAAGGAUCUUAUAAGACUGGGUCCAUAUUAUGGAUUCUCUUCAAGGGAACCAUUAACUCAAUAGGAUAACUGAGAAACUAUCCAGAUAAUGCUAGCCAAUGGGUGACUGUGGUGUGUUAUGGGAGUAAGAUCAGCCAGUUUGCAUGAGGUCAUCCUCAAUAAUCAUCCCCUAUUAAGCAGGUUAUAGACUCAAGUGUUGACUGGAUGGAAGUAGUGGUGAAUGGAUUGGAAAUUGUUAUGGCAAAUAAACAUGCAAUAAGUAAUUACAUAAAGUAUGUUGCAGGCAUAAUAAAGACAUACAGCACACCACACACCUAAACAAAUUCACCAUACAAUUUCAACAGCCUCAUCAAAUAUCAUCACGCCAAAGGAAAGCUGUUAAAACAUAUCCUUGUGCAAACUACGUAUCUGUCAGUUACAGUCAGCAUCUGUCAACUUUGCUGUACACUGUGUAUUAACUCACGCUUGAAGUUUAGGGUAUCGGUUUGCUUUUGAAACCUAAUGAUUCAUCUAUGCACAACAUGGAGUGUUUUGCCUUAAGAACAUUUUGCGUGUGUUGUCCAAUGUUGUGUAUUUAGAAACCUAUGCUUACUGUAUGUGUCUACACUUGCGUAUGCAUUAUCUAACCUAACUGGACCAUUUGAAGUUGUUUCAUGAAUGGGCUUUUUAAGAUAUUUCAAGGAAUUUCUUGACAACAUACUUUGACAGUCGAGAAAUCCAAAAACCUCCCGUGUCCUCUGAGAGUAUAGUCUAAGGGGCAUUAUGGACAGAGAAGUUGGACCAAAGCUUUAGUGAUAAGUAGUCAUUUAUUUAAUAAUAGUGAUGCCAGUUAUUAAAUGUCCAAUCUUGCAAGUUCAACUCGUUUUACCUCAGAAUUUGAUGUAACACCAUUUAGAAUGAUGUUGUUCUCCAGUCUACAAGCUAGUGUAGCAAAGCAUUUUCCUCCACUGCCCUCCAGUCAAUCUGUAUGUGCUUACUGCUUGCAAUGUCAAAGGUCAACCAUGAUAAGCUAAAGGACAUAACGUUAUCAGGUGCUCAUUUGUGAAUGUUUUCGUGUCUCAUAAUGAGAAUGUGUGAUUAAUCUGCGAUUAAGAAGUAUGAAGUACAGUAAGGCAUUUUUCCGGUUCGGUCUUUUCGACUGCUGCACACUGUUUAUUGCAUAUGCAUUAUUCUGAGAAAAGAUGCAGGAUGAUAAUGCAAUUUCAACAGAGAAAAGAGGAGUUAUGAACUGUAGACUAAAGAAAAUGUACUAAUAAGUAAUGAAAACAAAUAGGUUGAGGAACAAACUAGUUCGCCCCAGCUGUUGAAAAGAAAAUGAAUUCAUGUGGACUGUCCACUACCAUGAAGUGCUUCUGAUGCAAUGUCUGUUUUUGCACUGUAUAGAUUGAUCCAACAGCAAUAUGGACUGCAGGGCGCGCGCACAGUUGCUUCCUCCGCUAAAUGUAUACAAAUCGGUCAGUGUUCCUAUCCAGUGUGCUAUCAUUUGUGGUUCAAAAUGUUUGAAUGUAAUUGAUGCAUUUAUUCAUGGACAUCAGAACAUCAUGUACUGCCUGAAUGUAUAUGCAUAUAAAAUUCUGAUA